UUGGUUCUGAACCUCAAACUGAGGCUAAGAAUAGCCGAAAAAAUUACAACACCCUGGUGAUAAAUCGUGUCCAUCUUCACUUAAAUUGAAGAUUUGAACAUGAUUUAAUAACUUUAUUUGACACAGGAGAUACUAUUUAUUAACUAAGUGGGUCGAUUUGUUGUGUUGCACUUCGAUUGAAGAAGAUUACGAACUUUUUUCAAGAGACAGUCAGUUCCGGUUUGUGUCUCCAUUUUGCUGAUCUUACCAGUGGCCGUCACGGGAAGAAAAUUUUGCCGAUCUUCGUGAAAAUGCCACGGGGAAGUACACCAGGGAACAGAAAAUUAUGUACAACUGUCAUAAAACGUGAGCCAGGAACAGAACUGCAAUCAUCACCUCAAAUAUACAAUUUGACCAGCAUUUAUCGACAACCCCUCAGUGAUACAAAGGACUCCAUUGCAAACUUGCAGGGCUUCAAAAUCGAAGGAGGUUUAACACCGGGAGAAACUUGUUUAAGUCCGAUCGCAGAUAUCAAACAUAUUAUAAAUAGACCACAGGCAAAACGGAAACUUGAAUUGGAACCUGAAAUUAUCAACGAAGGAUUCAAAACACCAGGGAAGACAUGCAAGCGAAGAAGAACAACAUCAGAAGCUAGUCCAAAAACUCCACGAUCUCCCCUUGAGAAAACCAGAUAUGACACAUCGCUUGGUCUGCUGACGAAGAAAUUUGUAGGCCUUCUAAAGAAUGCUCGGGAAGGGGUGUUAGAUCUGAACAAAGCAGCAGAACACCUGGAGGUCCAGAAACGACGAAUAUAUGAUAUCACAAAUGUGUUGGAGGGAAUCAACCUCAUCUCAAAGAAAUCCAAAAACAACAUACAAUGGAAGGGCUGUACCAACUCUAUAGCUGCCAAUCCAGACUGUCCUGCACUUUCAACAGAAAUUGUAGAUCUACAUUCAGAUGUAGCCGACUUGGAGGCAAAAGAGAACAUGUUGGACAAUCUCAUAGUUAACUGUACAAAGCAACUCAAGGGAAUGACAGAAGAGGCCGAUAAUAAAAAAUUAGCUUAUGUUACGUAUCAGGACAUUCGUAACAUUGACACGUUAGACGAACAAACAGUAAUAGCAAUAAAGGCACCACCAGAGACAAGACUGGAGGUGCCGGACCCAGAACAAAACAUCCAGAUAUGGUUGAAGAGCUCGAAAGGUCCUAUUGAAGUUUAUCUUUGUCCUGAAGAUACGACGGAGAGUGUGGCGGACACAAGUUCAUCAAGUAUAGGCAGUGCAAGUUCCAAUUUUGAGGAGUCAAGUCGGUCUAGUUUUACAAUAUCGGAAGACUCUGCCUCGUGUGAUAGUUUUAAAGGUAAUCAAGGUUCAGGUGUAAAGAAUGCGUUACUGGAAUACCAAGACAUUUCCCCAGAUUCUGUCAAAAACAUUUUACAACAAACUGAGGAUCAAGAAUUAGAUGCACCAUUUAUGGCCUUGGAACCUCCUCUAGAUAUGGACGAAUACAUUUUAAGUCUUGAUGGAGGAGAGGGCAUUUCGGACCUAUUUGAUGCCUAUGACUUUGAUAUACCUGUAGUGUGAUUGUCUUGCAGCAAGUUCUUGGAUUGUUGUCCUUUCUCAAUUUGGUCCAAUUAAAUAUGCCUCACAUUUCUUAAAACUACAAGCAGAAGUUGAUGAUAAUUUUAUUGUCACUGAUGUUAGUUUCAUAUAUUUGCAGGAUGUACCAAUGAUAAGACAGAAAGAAAAAGCCAAAGUUAUUUUUUUUCAUUCCCAUCACACAAUUGUAUAAUUUCAGAAAUAUAAACAGAUUUUAAAUUUGAAGUACACUGUCCAAACCAAUCUAUUUCACAUUGCACAGGAUGAGUUAUUAAACAUGUUUUCAGUUAGUAGAGCUGUGGUCAAGUUUAAAGAAUCUGUUUAAUUGGACCAUUUCUGUUUAUGGACACAUCAAUCCUUGUAUGUAAUUUGGUGUUUUUUGUGUCUUGUGCUGUAAUAGGUACCUGCUAUACUGUAGGUAUGCUUAGAUAAGUACAUGAAAAGUCCACUGACAUGAGUUUAAGAAUUGAAAUGAAUGUAGUUAUUAUGUACGAGUGAGUGAGUGUGUUGAACGUCGUGGUUGACAUUCUACAUCUGUUGAAUGUCUGAUACUUGUUUUAAUUUGUUUUAUGCUGGACAGAUCAGAAUGUUACGUGUAUUGCAUUUGCCUCUUGAUAAUAUUUUAACAGUUUUUAGUGCUGGAGUGUUUGGUCCAACAUUUCUUCUGUGUUUACUUUGGAUUCUUUAUCCUCAAGUACAACAGUUUUAGAAAUACCUAAAGAUAUCAAUUUGAUGAAAAAUUGGGGAAGUGGGGACUUCGAAAAAUGAGUGGUCAGAUUAGCAGAAGUUAUAGAAGGUCCGACUAAAGGAUAUUAAUAUUUUGUUCAGACUUUCCAUAUGAAAAUUUGUCCCACUUCUAUUCUCUGGUUAGAAACCUGGAAAGAUCAAAACCUAGAGCUCUGGGGUUUUUGCUGAAAAAGCACCAACAAGGUCAAGUUUGACAGUUUUGAACAAAACCUUAUCUGGAUGAAGUCAAGUUUUAGUGCAGAUUACUUGGUUCUUGUUUGUCAUUUUGCCUGUAGUCUUAAGCAUACUUUAAUAGCAAUGAAAAAUAAUCAAAUUGGACAUCAAUUUAUAUAACUUGAAAUUAUGAUAGGAAAGCAUGUGUUGAGAAUUAGGUUUUUAUAUACCAUGACAUUUUCCUGAAUAUAGGGGAUGGAUUCAUGGAAAAGAAAACAAAUUAUUUGUUGAAGUGUAAUGUUUAAUUUCUUUGAAAUGUUUUGGAGGGCAAAUUAUUAUUAAGAUGUUGAUUGUUAACUUAUAUACAAGUUUGUUUUUAUAACCCAAACUUGUUUGCUGUUUUAUUUAUUGAUAGUGUGAUUAUAUUCAAUGGAGAUUGGAGAUAUAAAAUCUACACAGAUUAACUAUGGCGGGUACAAUGUAAGACGAUUGCAAUUUGGCAAGAUACACAGACAAUGGUGUUUUUCUUUCUUUAAGCCAAUUAAAAAAGUCUUGUCAGACAAGUUUUACUGUGGUAGGCCAGGGCUUUCAGUAGAUCAUUGAAAAUGUAUUUGACUCUUGGGUUUGAAUGGGCACAUCAUUUCGGACCUUUGGUUAAUAUCGGGAAAUGAUGAUUUAACUUCAUAUUUAAGGUCAACUGAAAGCCCUGCUAAGUCUGGAGUAAAACAUUUGAUAAAGUAGUACAUGUAUUUGGAAGAAACACGAUCCUUGUAGGAUUGUUGGUUCUCAGGGUUGUGACGGAAAAGUUUUAUAUGUAUUAUGCAUGCUGACAUAGUGUUUGAAGUGGUAUGAAUUAGAUUUUGUGUGGUUUGUUAUCCAUGUGUAAUGCUAUUUGUCCCAAGCAUACAGUAUAUUUUUGAAAUACAAUGAUUAGGAUAUUACUGAAAACUUGUAAAACCAGUUACGAGGUUGCAUUGCAUUCAUAAUUAAUAUCAGUAAGUCAUACUUUUACAUCAGGGCGACAAGUUCUUGUACAAUAAGUCUGUACCAGCAUAGGUUCAGAAGUUAAACUUUUUUUUUCUUUCUAUUAUUAAGAACCAUCUAGAUCCUUGUUGGGAGGACCAUACACUUUAAUUAUGAUUUGCAUGUUUGGAGCAUGAUUAGGAUGUUUUCUACCAUGUUUGUGAUAUAACUGUUUUAAUUCGUAAAAAAAAACCUAGUUUGCAAACAUGUAUUUUCCAAAACUCUUACCCAUGCAAACAUGAUGCAACUGCAAAUGAAAACAAUGAGCCGAAUGCUGAUGUUUUGGUGUUAUAUUUUCCAUUAUCCUACUCACAUGUUGUUUCUGAGACUUGCUGUAUUUCGGGACAAAUAUGUUUUCUUUUGUUUUUAAUUCUUUGAUUUUAUUUGUUGCUUGAGAGUCCUUAUUUGUUAAAUGUUGUGUAUAAUUUAUGAUAGCUAUAAAACAAAACCUCAGAAUUAUGUUGUAUUGAUGAUUUUGUCGGCCUGUUUCAAAUUCAGGUUUAUCCAGUUGUAGAAAGUGUCAUAAAUGGAAAAAAACAAGACAUACAAUGUUCAUAAAAUCAAAGAUUAAGAAAUAUUUGUUUAAAAGGAUUGAAAGUCAAAUUUUAGUCGACUAUGUGAUUUGUUGAUUAAGGCCCCCGAGUUGAAUCAGGAAAAUGUUCCAUUAAUACCCAUGUAUGCUUUUUAAACGUUGCCUCCAAACUGGUAGUUUGAUAUAGUAUAAGAAUAGAUAUCAUCUCUCAACAGGUUUCUCAAGUUUAUAUUGGAACUUUUUUCCUAAUUUCUGCUUUCUUUACUAGGUAGAACAAAGUAUAAAGGAAAUUUAGCUUAAAACUUGUGACACUUUGAACAACUGGAUCCAUUUCUUCUACUAUACACCACUGUCAGUUGAUUGACGCAUUAAUUAACUGUUAAUUAGUUAAUUAGGAGUGUAGUGCAGAAUUGGAUUUUAAUUAGAUUGUAAUUUAUUGGUUUGUUAACCUAAACUAGUGCAAUGCAAAGAAAAAUAAAUAUAAAGGAAAACUAGAUUAUAUAUUUAUUUACACAAAUUAAUUCAAUUUUUAUGGAUUGGGCAAAUUGUAUUCAUCCAUAUUGAAUGUAUUGGUGAAGUUUUGGUCCAAGCACGAGUCCUUCAGCUUCAGAUUGUUAUGACAUGAUGCAUUGAACCAUCAUUAAGCCCCUAGCAUUGUUUGAAAGAAAGAAUUUAACAUUUUUCUGAAUUUCAGAACGUAGCUUUAUUAUCGGGGUUUCAACUAUUUCACUGUGGCAUGUUGUACACUUUAGAAAAAUGGGUUAGGUUUUGAUUACUCAUAGAAAUACUUGAUAAAAAUUGUUUGGUGAUCACAGGUUUUUAUACUGACUGCUAAUUAUGUACUUCAAGAAAAUUAAAACUAGAAAUCAGAUUUUUACCAUUUUCCUGAAAGUAGGAAAAUGUCUAGCCAUGGUAUCAAAAUGAAGUGGUUUACUACUAGGUUUAAAAAGGCUAGGUUUGGAACCUGGUUAUAGAAAAUUUUAAGUUUCCAGAGUUAUCUCCCUUGUAGAUUAUUUUGUUCUCUGAAAUAUGUUUUUAUAGUCAUCCUUACCUGGCUUGUCUUUUCAUUUUGAUUGGUUUUACUGUUAGAAGAAAAUAAAUGUAGAAUGUAGACCUAUGAAAUUCUGUUGAAUGGCCAUUCAAUACCAAGAAAUGAACUGGAAUGCUAUAUUUAAAAACUGAAUCCAUGAAAUGUGUUAAAAUGAGAUUUUAUUUACACAAAUAAUUUGUGGACAAAGAUUGUGCAACAAAAACCUAAUUGACAAAAAAAUAUAUAUAUUUAUAUCUAUCUAUACAACUAUAGACUUGACAAUUUUAUGUAAAGUUUAAUAAUAGUGCUAUACAAGUAUAUAUAUGUACAUAUAUAUGAAUAUGUAUUAUCUUGGUACUAUGGUUAUAUAACAUGGAUUGUCUAAACAGGUAGGUUUAUAUGGAGUAUUGAUGUGAUAGUGGAUUUAGAACACUAGUAUAUUGUAACUGAUUUGUUUUUUCAUUGGCACAUUGUAAUCAAACAUUUUACUAAGGAUUUGAAACAGUAAAAAAUACUCUAUACAUUAAAGGAGUUUACCCAUAUCUUUGAUCUUGUAAUAUCAAGCUUUUCUUGGAAUGCUUACUGGUAUUUGUUGGGAAAAUAAAUAAAAAAAAUCCCUCUAAAACAUUAAAUGAAAGUUAAUUUGAAUAUAUAGGUUAUAGGUGAGUCCACUUUCUAGGCCUUUUAAUUUUUUUUUUUAAACAAACGUUUCUUUUAUUUGGAAACCAUGUUUUUUGGGGAGUGAAUUAUGUUUUGUAUUGUAAUAUGCAGUAUUAUUAUUUAAUUUCUUGAUUUUUGUUGAUGUAUAAAUUAAUUUUAUAGUAUUGUCCUAAUAGGUUUUUUUUUCCUCUAGAUUUUUGUAUAUUGGGUAAUGACUUGGAUUAUAAGAUACUAGAGCCAGUAGAGAUCUGGAUGAUGAAUUGGUUGGUGUACUUGCUUAAGUGUGACUUAAAACAGCGAAAUAUGUCUUAACCUAAGAACAGCCUUGCCUUUUGACAGAAAUGUAUAGUAAAUGACUAUAUUGCAUUAAUUGCCAAGGCUCGUUUAGAUAUUGAUGUCUUCUACAAAUAUUUAGAUCAUGUAUAUAAUCAUAUAAAAGCAUCCAUUUUAAUUGAUAUAACUUCUAGAUGUAAUUAAAAGAAACUAAGGAAAGUUUCUUUAAACUUUAAUAUUACGCAAGAAAUGCGAUUUUUGUAUGUGUCAAAUCGGAAGGUACAUUUGUAAUUAUUACCGUAGAUAAAAGAAAACAAUUAUCAAUAUUUCUUCAAUUUUGAUUAUGAAACUGAAAAUAUAACGAUGUAUAAAGGUCAUUUUCAAUUCAUUAUAAUACUCGAGUCGUUUCCCUGAGAACUGGACGUACAUUUUUCAUAUUAAUAUCGUAGAUGUCAUUUUACAGCUGUCAAAUGUAGGGGUAAUGCCUGUGUGUGAAAAGAUUUUAUUGGCAAGCAAAAAUGUGUUUGAUGAAAUUGAUGAAAUUUACCAUCACUCUUUGAAAUAGAAAUGUGUUUGAUGAAAUUGAUGAAAUUUACCAUCACUCUAUGAAAUAUGUGUUGUACUUUGUCCUUUUAAUGAUGAAUUGGUCAAAUUCUGUAUAGAAAGACGAGGAGAAAUAUCCAUUAUGAAUGUUUUCAUGUUAAACAGAAAAAUACAAUUUUUCCAUGGGGCCAUGAUAAUAUAUUUUUGUAACCGCUGGUAUAUAUAAACCACAUUUUGUGUAGUUAACUUUCUAUUAUCAGUGUAUUUAUAUAGAGUUGUUGACUUUUUCUUUGUUAUUAAUGUCUUUUGUUACAUUUGUUAUGGAGAAGACAAACAUUUUGAUAUUAUUGAGUUCUGAUCAAUGAUUCCAAAUUUCACACAUUUAAAUCAUCCUUUUUUUCAUUUUGUAAAUUAACAUUUUUGUUUUCUGAAUGGCAUCAAUCCAUCAACAUAUUUUCAUAGUUUGAAAAGCUAAGAUUAUCCAUUUCUCACUUUCACCACAAAUGUGUUCAGAUAAGUUUUGCAAUAUUUUUAUAUUUUGAUUUACUGAUAAUCAUUUUCACCACAGAUGUGUUCCUAAUACUUAAUGUAAUAUCAUCUUUCCAUCAAGCUGUAUUUUAUAUAAGAAAAAAACCCCAGUUUUAUCAAGUGCCUUAUAUGUCAAACUGCCUUCAGCAAUAGAAUUGUUGCUGUUCUUGGUAUUCUAAUUGACAUACACAGUGUACUUUGAAAUAUUAAGUAAUCUCAUCAUUUCAUUAUCCAUUAUUUAUAUACAGAUGUUUCUGCUUGGAAUACUACCACCAGUUUUAAUACAUGUUUUACUGCCAAUGAAUGUGUUCACCAUACUCGAUUUAGUGUGGAAAAAAUAUAUUUUUGUUGUAAUAUUUGCAAGUCAUUCCCAGAUUUUUCGGGAACUAAUUAAUAAUCAUGCAUGUUCAUCCAACAUCAUUCAUGUGUGUUUGUCACUACGUAUAGCAAGUAUCAUACAUCAUUUUUGUGUAGGUUCAAGCCCUGCUUUUUAUCUGUCUGGUCAAGAAAAGAUAUUAUUUGUGAAUAUCUUGUGUAUCUGCUCAUUUUCAUCAUGCAUAUUCAUGAGUCAUUUACCCAAUACUGUCCACGUUGUCUAGAAAAGAUUACACUCGACAACAGCUGUUUUCAAUAAAUGUCAUCUAAUGA